CAUAGUGUUUAACCUGCAUACGACUAAAGGACUAUGUUUUACGUUUUAUCAACACAUUUCAAUUGGUGAUUUUUUAUUACAUAAAGUGACUUGCUCUGCGUAAAUUAUUUGUAUUCACGCGCUUGUGUUCAAUUGCAACAUACGAAAAUGCAAAAUUAUCUGCAUUGAAACAUACAAUUCUUAUAAAAGGCAGAGGUUGUUGUGUUUGAGGAUAAACCAUGUCCAGUGAUACUACAUUCAACGUACCUGUGGUCAACCUCGGCCGCUUCCAAGUUGACCGGAUGAGAAAAUAUGGAGAUCUUGUGGCACUGGUUAAUCCUGAAACAGAGCGUUAUAUAACAUACAGCCAGUGCGCUGACCGUAUUGAACAAAUAGCGAGCGGUUUGUUCGAUCUCGGAUUAAGGCAGGGAGACGUUUUAUGUGCACUUACAUUCAAUACGAUAGAGUAUCCGUUGGUUUGGUAUGCUGUCAACUUGAUUGGUGGAACGUUUCUUACUGCGUCACCGUUAUACCCAGAUGAGGAACUAGAAAGACGAUUCAGUAAAUGUUAUGUUAAGUUUCUUCUGACGAUCCCGGAACUUACAACACGCAUCAGCUCUAUGGUUCAUCGGAUGAAACUUGCGACCGUGUCUUUGGCAAGACCAAAACUUCUGAACAAACUCAUAGUGCUUGGUGAGGACUGUGAUGGUUUCAUACCUUUUCGAAGUCUCCUCACUUCCGGUCAGCUUCGAUACAAACCGGAAGUAGAUCCUUCAAAGUCCACAGCUCUUCUUCUCUCCUCUAGCGGAACUACCGGGUUGCCGAAAUUCGUGAAACUGACGCAUGUCAACAUAAUUGCAAAUAUGAUGCAGAUACAGUACAAUAAACAGCACCAGCCCGGAGAAGUGUCGGUAUUGGCCCUGCCCGUUUUUCACCAUUAUGGACUUCACUCAGUACUGGGAACCAGCCUUUAUAAUGGGCUUAAAGUUGUUCUCAUGGAUAGGUGGAGUACGGAAAAGUUCUUUGCGAAUAUCGAAAAGUACAAGGCGAAUUUAAUUCAAGUGGUUCCAGCUAUGGCCGCUUCGUUAGUCAAAUUCCCGGAAUGUCGCACUUAUGACGUCAGCAGCGUUCGUUUCGUGAUGUCAGCAGCGGCGCCAAUGGGGGUUGGUGUAGAGGAGCAUUUACGGCAGCUUUUUAAUGUUCCAUUUAUAUCGCAGUCUUAUGGUCUAACAGAAACGGGGUACAACUCUGGAAACACAACUGAUCGCCAUCGUCUUGGUUCCAACGGUGUUUCUCCAAUAGGCACGACUCUCAAGAUAUUCGAUCCCGAAACAGAAGAGGAGUUAGCAAGGAACAAAACAGGAGAAAUCCGAGUGAAAGGUGAAAUGGUGACAACUGGUUACCUUGACGACGAUGUAGCUACAAGACUGACAUUUGACCAAAACGGCUUUUUUAAAACCGGAGACAUAGGGUAUUUAGAUUCGGAUGGUUUUCUCUUCAUAGUGGAUCGUUUAAAGGAACUGAUCAAAUAUAAAGGUCUUCAGGUGGCACCUGCGUACCUCGAAGAUAUCAUAGUGAAGCACCCAGGCGUCGCAGACGCCGCCGUGAUUGGAAUCCCCGACCCCGAUGCGGGGGAAUUACCCAGAGCGUAUGUUGUAAGACAGACUGGGAGUCACAUCACAGCCAAGGAUAUUGUCCAAUACGUGCAUGAUCAUGUGGCUCCCCAUAUGCGCCUGCGCGGUGGGGUUGAAUUCAUACAGGAAGUACCAAGAACGCCGUCUGGAAAAAUCAUGCGCAGACAUUUGAAGCCAAAGAAACAAACAACCUCAAGACUAUAAUAUUAAAAUACGUGUUUAUAAUGUACUGAUUAUUUGGUAGCAUACACACUAGCAACUGUAAUGCUCUGAUUUAAGCUGAAUUAUAAACAUAAAGCAUUGGAUAGCAACCAUAUGUAUUUAAUAUUUAGUUAUUUACUUCAAACUUCAUCUUUCGAAUAUUUGUAAAUAUUAUCUUUAGAUUCACACUUAAUUUCUAAAACAAACAUUAAUACAAUUUAAUUGUUCAUUAUGCAAUUGAUUCCAAAUUAAUACAACUUCUAUAUGUGUACUACAUAUACAACUCAUACACAUGCUUAA